AUGGCACGUUUCUCCAUCCCGACCAAAGGACGCUUGUCGUCAGAUGUGCGACUUCCGCCGUCCAACCCUGCGGUUCAGAAAGCCUUGAGUCGCCUCUCACGCUCCUCCCUGCUGUCGUUGGUUCUCGAGUGGCUGAAUGACGACAAUGCUCAGCUGUGCGCACCGCUUUUGGGUGAGGAGGACGAUGACGAUGGGCUUUACCCCCCCGCGUCGUCGAUAGAGGGACUGCGAGCCAUUUACACGGACCUGCAGUACAGAAAGGGGUCCAAGAGAGAGGUUGUGGAUCGCAUCACAGAAGGCGACUGGAAACAUGGCCUGACUCUGUACCAAAUGGCCUUGACGGACGCUCAAUAUCUCCAAGACCAUCCCACAUCACAGAAAUGGACCGCCUAUCGAAUCAUGCCGCUCAAGGAGGCUUCGUACGUGGACGAUGAAGAACAACCUCCGGAAGUCGACAGGGAGUCCCUUACCCUCCCCCGUUUUCACCCGUCGUCCUUCAUCCAAAACCUUCAGGCUCACGUCCUACCCGACGUUAAGGCCCAUUACCACUUUCACCGGCCUCAGGGGCUCACUCUUUCAAUACUGCGCAUCUUCAUCAUCGAGUCCCCUUACAGCAUGAGCAUGAUACAUUUAGGCAACGGUCUCCCGCCAACGGACUCCGAUUUUGACAGCUCACGGACGCUUUAUAUUGCCUUCCCCGAUGCAUCACCCUUCGUCUAUCUAUCCAAAUCCCAAACUGUGGGCUCAUUAGGAGCGAGUGAGUCCAAGAGCUUCCGCAACUUGGUUGUGGAGGGAAUACCAAAAGCCCUUUCGAGGCCCCGGGAAAGGUACACUCUCAAACCCACCAAUAUUUCGACCAAAAAUCUAGAUGCACUGCUGCAUGUUAGAGGUGUUGGACGAACAAACGCGGCCGGUGGGGGGUGGGACAUUUAUGCCGAUAAGAAGAAGAAUGAGUCGCCGCUUGAUACCAUUUUACCAACUCCACCACUAUCGGAAGAAUCAUCAGACGACACCUGGGAGCUGGCUACAAACGCAGGUUCGAAACGGAAAGCCGAGGGCCUUGAUGGCACCGAGAAGUUUACCAAAAGAGCUCGGCUGUGUGCCCAGGCGAGGUUCGGAGAUACCGCCAAGAUGGACGACGGCUUGGGUAUCGAGCGUGUUGAUAUCGUCAUUGAAGACCCGUUUCCUAGCAUCUCCCAGAGUGGAUCAAUGGGCGAUGAGGGAGACCCUGAAGGCGAGACAGACGGUGACACGAGGAAGCCGAAGGCUGGUCGAAGAAGCAGCAUUGAGAUGUCUUUCGGAAACGAUUCGGAUGUUGAGGAGAUUCAGCCCAGGCAAGACGCCGCGACCUGGGUUCCGAACGUAAAACUAACGUUCCACGGACCCCACGUGUUUGCUGGCAUGCGGCAGCUCGUGGAGAACGGCAUCAUUGACGGAGAGCGGAUGCCGGGAUGGCUGACGGGCGAAGAGGGUGUGACAGUGGGCGCUGUCAGGCAUGGCAGAAUCCGGGGGCACAAGGGUUCUGGUAUAUAA